AUGACAGGGUUAUUCGCCCUUUUGGGCCUGAGCCUCUCUCAGUUGGCCAGUCUGGUUGGUACUCUGCUCCUCACAUUGCUCUUCUGGCGGCGAUACUGCUCUCCAAUCAGCGAUAUUCCCGGCCCAUUCACGGCCAGCUUCACCAGAAUAUGGCACGUCCUUCACAUUCUCAAGGGCGACCAAAACUUAGAGCUCAUCAGGCUGCAUGACAAGCAUGGUGGGUGUCACUUUGUCCGUAUCGCUCCGAAUGAAGUCAGCAUCAGCCAUCCUGACGCGAUCAAGAAAGUCCUCGCUUCUCCUUUUCUACACAAAGCCCCUUGGUACAAAGUGAUUGCCUUCCCCGAUGGGCGUUUCCAAAACCCCAUGUCAGCUACUGAUCCUGCCGUCAAAAACGAACUGUCUCGCCAUCUCGCCCCAGCAUACACCCUUCCCAACCUUCUCCGCUCCGAAGAAGCCAUCGGCAACACCCUCGAGCUCCUCUUUGACUGGCUCGACAAGUUCAGCUCUUCCAAGAAGCCCAUCGAUCUCGACAAGUUCUUCACCUUUGCCACCUCGGACGUCAUCGGCGAGGUCAUCUUUUCCAAGCAGUUCGGCUUUCUGAGAGAGGGCAAAGACAUCAACAACACCAUCGCCAACACACACCCUCAAGCGGCCUAUGUCUCCAUCGCCGGGUUCUUCCGCUGGUUUCAUGUGCUGUUUCUCAGCAACAGAUUCAUCACCUGGCUGGGAGUGACACCGUGGGGGCACCUUAUCGACACGGCCAUGACGGCGAUCGAAGAGCGGCAGGAGAAUCCCAACGUGGAGAAGUUUGAUGCCUUGGCGCACUGGCUCCACAUGCUGGAGAAGAGCAAGGGCAAGAUGGAGAUGCAUGAGAUACACUCGGCGGCGUUCAACGCUGCGGCUGCGGGGAAUGAGACGGUGGCGACGGGGCUGCAGGCGUUUGUGUACUACAUGAUUCGACACCCCACUGCGUGGGCAAGAUGCAGGAGGGAGAUUGAUGCUGCCAAGGUUGGGACUGUCGGUGGUAGAUCAGUGUCAUUUGCGGACGCCCAGCAUUUGCCGUUCUUGCAAGCGUGCAUCAAAGAGGCGUUGAGAGUGUUUGGUCCUGCGUCGAUGGGGUUGCCGAGAGUGGUGCCGAAAGGAACCCCCUUGGUGAUUGGAGACAGACGCAUUCCUGGCGGCACCACCGUGUCCGUGAACGUGUGGGUGAUUCACCACAGUAAGGAGAUCUGGGGGGAGGAUGCCAGGAUGUUUAACCCUGACAGAUGGCUCACUCCUGACGCGGUGAGGUUGGAAAAAUACUUUGUGCCUUGGGGUUUUGGGUACGCCUCGUGUCCUGGUCAGAAUCUUGCAAAGAUUGAGCUCAGCAAGACAUGUGCGACUUUGGUCAGGGAUUAUGAUUUUGUGCAGGUUGACAAAGCCAAGGAGUGGAGGUGGAAAGCCUACUUUACCGUUGUUCCAAAGGACUGGCCCUGUUACGUUGCGAGGAGAGAGCGAUGA